ACAAGCAAGAGUUGUUGAUCUUAGUAACAACGUAAACUUCUUCAGAACCAUUUUGAAACUGCCAUGAUGUUGUUCAGAGAAAAGAGGUAAAUAAUCUGAACGAGUCAUGUCAGUUUAUGGUCGAAAGAUUCAAGGGAAGAGCUCGAAAAAGCAAGAUAUCGAAGAAACAUCUAACAAACUUCGUGCUAUAAAGCAACGACAAGGCCAGUGGAUGAGAGAGAGAGAAGAGGCAAAAGCUUUGUCGUCUUCUAAAUCACUAGAUAGUCUAGCUAGCAGAGGAAAAUCAACGUCUACCCGAUCUUAUUCUAAUAGUGAACUAAGUUCGAGUCCAGAAUUUCGUGGUGGUGGUUCGAAAGGUCCUUUCUCCAACCCCAGACGAAAACCGUUGUACACACCUCCUAAGAGAGAUAAAUCUAAUGUCAUUACUUGGUCUGGUCAUGAUACUGGAAAACUUGGCAGACCUCCUUCAGCGCAAGGCAAACAGCCCUCUAGUUCCCAGGUGCCUAGCAGGUCACACAGAUUGAAGGAGAAAACUUAUGAACCAUCAAAUUAUAGUUCCUCCAAGUUAAAUAGCAAACCUAAUCUUCUCCAUGAUUCUGAAAUGUUAAAACUUCACAGUGAAAGACACAAAGAGGUUGAUGGGGAAAGUUUUGAUAUUGACAAUAAAAGUGAUAGUGAUGAAGAAAUAGACUCAAGGCUGCCAAAGGAUUUAGAUCAUGACAUGAUAAAUGCAUUGGCUGAAAGUGUCGCCAAAAAGCUAAAUACUAAAGUAAACACACGAAUUGACGACAGAAAAAGUGCACCAAGAAAGAACCAGGAAGAUGACCAGGAAAUGUCCACACACAUGUGUCCUCUAUGUCACACAUUAAUGUCUGGCACUAGACAUACCCCCAUGGCACUUAUACCAUGUGGCCAUACACUGUGCAAAGAAUGCUUGAAGGAUUGUAAUAAGUGUCCAUCUUGUCAAUCAAGAGUUUCUUCAUCAGCUGAAAAUACUGUGUUAAAGCAAAUAAUAUCAGAUUUUCUAUCACAAAAAGAACGAAAAAGACUUGAAAAACUGGAGCAAGAGACAAGAAAAUAUGUUGAUGAGUAUCAGUCGCUCUCAGUCAGGUCAAAUGCACUUGCAGAAGAGGCAGAUAUCAUUCUGAAUGGAAUGGAAGACUUGACAGAACAGCUUUUCCAGGAAAAGAAAGUCUUCAAAAGACUUGAGGUUGAUAAUGAAGAACUCACAAGGAAAAUUUCUGAGCUUGAAAAUCAACGUGACAAAAACAAAUUGAAAUUGAAUGAGAGUAGAGAGAGGAGUGAAAAUCUUGAGUCAAAUUAUGAAGACCAGAAACAGAGACUUUCUUUGGUUGAGGAUACGAUAAAAACAAUAACACAAAGUAAAGAGAGAGUUAAGAUGAUGGUGCAUAACUUUGCUCCAUCUUUUAACCUAGAUCAGUUUGACUAAAUCCUUGUUUACAUUCAUACUAUGCAGUUGGGAGGUAAACUGUUGGUUAGAGACUAGUACAUGUAGAUAAAGACUUGAGGUUUUUAUGGGUAGAUAACCUUGAUCCAUGUGCAUGGAAAUGGUCACAAUUGUAUUCAUAUUUUUAAAUAAAAUUGCUAUACCUUUUAAUACCUAUCAUUAA